AUGGACACCCAGAAGGACAUUCAAACCCCAAAGCAGCAGCCAAUGGCAUAUAACUGUAGAGAAUGUCACACAGAAAAUGACAUGAAGUCCAGGGAUCCAGUCAAAUGUGGAGAAUGUGGUUACAGAAUAAUAUAUAAGAAAAGGACUGAAAGAUAG